GAUGACAUCUGGCGGCGGGGAGGCUCGGCAGCAUGGCGUUUGUGGCUCUGAGUGAGGCGGAGAAGGUGUACAUUGUGCAUGGCGUUCAGGAAGACCUCCGCAUGGAUGGCCGUGGCUGUGAAGACUACCGAUGUGUUGAAGUGGAAACUGACGUGGUGUCCAACACCAGUGGGUCUGCCAGAGUCAAACUGGGUCACACAGACAUUUUGGUGGGAGUGAAAGCAGAAAUGGGGACGCCGAAGCUGGAGAAGCCAAAUGAAGGUUACCUGGAGUUCUUUGUUGACUGUUCAGCCAACGCUGCCCCUGAAUUUGAAGGUCGGGGAGGUGAUGACCUUGGCACAGAGAUUGCUAACACCCUCUACCGGAUAUUUAACAAGAGCAGCGUCGACCUGAAGUCCCUGUGCAUUAAUCCUCGGGAGCACUGCUGGAUUCUCUACGUGGAUGUGCUACUGCUGGAAUGUGGUGGAAAUUUGUUUGAUGCCAUCUCCAUUGCUGUAAAGGCUGCGCUCUUCAAUACAAGGAUACCAAGAGUUCGUGUUCUGGAAGAUGAAGAGGGCUUGAAGGACAUUGAACUGUCCGACGACCCCUAUGACUGCAUCCAGCUAAGUGUGGAGAACGUCCCCUGUAUCGUCACCCUGUGCAAAAUCGGCUAUCGGCACGUGGUGGAUGCUACUCUUCAGGAGGAGGCCUGCUCCUUGGCCAGCUUGCUGGUGUCCGUGACCAGCAAGGGAGUCGUGACAUGCAUGAGGAAAGCGGGAAAGGGCAGCCUGGACCCAGAGAGCAUCUUCGAGAUGAUGGAGACCAGCAAGCGCGUGGGCAAGGUGCUGCACACCUCCCUACAGAGCGUUCUACACAAGGAGGAAAGCCUGGGGCCCAAGAGACAGAAAGUUGGAUUCCUGGGAUGAUUUGCACAUCAACCCCCAACUGCCACGUGUUUGUUUUCUACUUUUCCUUUUAAGCUGAAGUCUGUAUACAUUUUUCUUAACUAUUAUGAAUUUAAGGCAACAUUUGUACAUGUAAAAUUAAAGUCUGUUUUCUGGUCUGGCUUGA